AUGCGGACGCUGCCCGCAGGCGAUUGGGGGUGGCGGGGAGCGGGGGGGGGCCUCAAUGGACCGGUCCGGUUCGGCCCACGUUACCGGAACCUUCAGGAAGAGCCCACAGCGGUCCCGUCCCGCCGGUACUACGGGACGGAGCUCAGUUCCCAUUGGACGUAUGAGGGUCCCCAAGGGCAGCAUCACUGGUCUGAGGGACACUCUGCAUGCGGGGGCCAAUCCCAAUCCCCCAUUGACAUUACAACGCAGAGGGUGCUACAUGACCCCUCACUGCCCCCCAUCCGCCCUAUGGGGUACAACCACCCCCUUGUCCCCACCUUCAGCCUCACCAACAACGGCCACACAGUGAUGCUGGCUCUGCCACCCACCCUACGCCUGGAGGGGCUGCCCCGAAGCUUUGCUGCUGUACAGCUCCACUUUCAUUGGGGUCGGAGUGGUCAUACAGAGGGGGCUGAGCACCUCCUAGAUGGGCACCGGGCACCCGCAGAGAUGCAUGUGGUGCACUACGACGCGGAGCGCUACGCCAACGCCAGCGAGGCGCAGCACCACGCAGCCGGGCUGGCCGUGCUUGGAGUCCUAUUGGAGGUUGGUGAUGAACCCAACGCCGCCUACGCCAACAUCCUGAGCCAUUUGGGCAGCAUCCGCUACGCUGGGCAGACAACGUCCAUCCCCUCCUUCAACGUGCAGGAGCUGCUGCCCAAGCGCCUGGACCGCUAUUACCGCUACAAUGGGUCCCUGACCACCCCGCCGUGCUUGCAGAGCGUGAUUUGGACCGUGUUCCAGCAGCCUGUCCGCAUCAGCAUGGCACAGCUGGAGCAGCUGCAGGGUUCCCUGUAUGCUACAGCAGCUGAUGAGCCCUCAGUUGAACACCUGGAGGACAAUUUUAGGGACCCCCAAGACCUCAACCAGCGUCCAGUGUUGGCAUCCUUCAGCAGUUCCCAGGGGUAUUCAACAGGUGAAGUCAUUGCCAUCGUUUUUGGUACCGUCCUCGGCUGCUUCGGCCUCUUCCUCGCUGUUCACUUUGUGAACAAACGGCUUUGCACCCAGAAGACCCAGGAACAGGACGUCGUUUUCAAGGCCUCCUCCCGACGCGCGGCUUCAGAUGAGAGUCACCAACCCUGAGCCAGGAAGGGCCCCCCUUAGGAUGAGUGUAGUGGGGCUCAGCCCUCCAAAAGGGGCCCCCAUUGGAAGUAAAGCCCCUUCCCAACCCCACAGCUGGGGGGGCUGGAGGCAGAUCAAGUUGCAGAGCACUGAUCCCCAUUCCCCCCUCCCCAAAUUUCACCCCCAUCCCAGAAAAAUCUCGGUGCCAUGAAUGCUCAUCACUAUUAAAAGGGUUUUACUUUGAAUCAAAAAAAUAAUUUAAGACUCCUUCCCUCCCCCAGAUCACAAAGCAGCUCCCAGACACUUGGAAAUAUAAUAAUAACAAAACAGAAUGGGAGAGCAGCAAGCUGGGGAGGGCAGAGCAGCCCCCAACCCCUUGCUGGUUAUAGGAGGGAGGGGGGCUCUGUGCCCUCAAAACAGAGAUCAUCCCAAAAACAAAAGGGGAAUGGGAGAGUGGGAUUGAACACUGGGGAGGGGGGUGGUCCCAGAGUCACAGCCCAGAGCCCCUCAAUGGGGAGGGUGAAGGAGGGGGGUCCUCUCCCCCAUGCCUGGGGGGCACUGCAGCAGCCCCAGAGGCACCUGGAUCUUCUCCCAAUGCUCACCCUCAGAGAUACCCUGUAAAAGUCUAA